AUCUCCACUGUUGAUAUUCUGCUGCUUUUGCUGCUUCUGCUUCCACUUUUAGAGUCUCCUUUGCUGCCACCUCCACGAUGCCUGCCCACGAAAACACCAGGUCCAUAAACCACCACAUUACAGACUUCCUCAAUGCCUCCUCCUUGGCCUCUGGGUCUGCUGCCACCAGCUCCUUUCCCAUUAAGCUUGACGAACUGUCCUCUCUCACCUACUUGGACGACUUGAAGUACCACAUCACAGCCAACAACGACAAGCAGGAAAAGGUUAAUGCCAUCGUUGUCUUGAACAAGUUGCUAGAGAUCCUCCCCCAGUCUGACUCCAUCUUCAGCAACUUCAACGAAUCCCUCUUCACCAGCUUGUUCCAGAUUAUCUCUAACAACAUCAGCUCUGAGACCUUCAAAUCCAUCCUCAAGAUAUCCCUCUUCUACUUGAAUGGAAACCUUCCCAAGUUCCUCCUAAUCAACUCUUUUGAUCCCAUAUUGAACUCCCUAAUCAAAAACCUCAACAUCUUUGACAUCAUCACCCAAAGAUUGUACACCCAGGACAUAAAGCUUAUCACCAUAACAAUUGAUUUGAUCAACAAAAUCCUCUACAGACUAUCAAAUUCCAUUCAAAACUUGUCCAAAAAGUCUGAUUCUGCAAGCAACAGUCUCAUUCUAAAAAAGAACUUUUACAUCAACUACCUCAUCAUCAUUUUCUUGAAAAUCAAGGAAAAUGGCUUUUUAAACACCCUCAUUAGCAUCAACGAUGACAAAAUCAUCAACAAUACAAACAACCAAAAUAAUAACAAUAACCAAAAUAUCCAAAAUAUUCAAAAUAUCCAAAAUAUCCAAAAUAAUUCAAUACCUAUCUCACAACCCAUCAACUUUAACCCACUAAAUAUUAAACUAAAUGACCUAACUAUUUGUUUCAUCAACAUUAACAAUUUCUUAAAUAACCUAUCAAUAGACCUAUCCCUUGAGUCUCAUCAAUUGAUAGUCAAAAAACUCUUGGACAUUAUUUCAAAAACACUAAACGAUUCUCACAAUACUCAAUCGCAAUCUCAACAAUCCCCAUCCCAAGCCCAAGUCCAAUCCCAAUCCCAAUCCCUAUCGAGAUCUAUCUCAGGUCUAUCUCUCAACUCAACCUCCCUAUUAGACCCAAACCAUUCCUCCAUGAUCAACAACAACACCCCCAUUAAACAACCAAAAAUUAAUGAAAUAUACAUCAAAUCAGGCUUCACCAACGACCCCUUGAACUACUUUAUCAAAAACUACUCCAUCCUAGACGCAAUCAACUUGAUCAUCUUUCUAAAAGACCCAAACCUAAACUUCAAAAAACUAUUCUUCGAACAACUAAUGUUCAUUCAAAACUCAAACUGCUUCCCAAUCCCAACUGCCUCAAAAUACAUCUCCUCCCUACUAAUCAAAGUCUUUUGCACUGAUUCAAACAAAAGCACCUCCUCCCAACCCAACAAAUCAAAUUCUUUAAACAACAUCAACACUCUCAACUCACUCUCAACAUCGACAUCAACCCCAAAUCUAAAUCUAGUUUCUUCCCCAAACAACCAACCAAAAACUUCAAUAAACAUUGAAGAUAUCAAUAACAUGAACAAUAACUCCUUCAUGAACAAAUUCGGUCAGCAAUCCUACUACACAAACGCUUCCGAUAACUACAACUAUCUAUACUUGAAAAAAUACCUAUUCGCUUGGGACAAUUUCUUCUAUUCUGCCAUGUUUAAUGCCUUGAGAAUCUGGAAAGAUGCAAACGCUGAAUUGGAUGAUUUUAAUAACAUCAUGAACCUAAUCAAAUUUCUUUUCCAACACAUUAAUGAAUUUAUUCAGCAAAAUCUCCUCUUCCUUCAACAACAACGUCUACAAAAACAAUCAAACUCAAACUUAACUUCUUUGGACAAUUUUGACCCAAUGACUUCCCAAUUUCUAAUGAAAAACUCCGAUGGCAACAUCAAUAUCAACGCCAAUGGAAUAAAUAUUAAUCACAACAACAUCAGAGCCUCGUUGCAAACAAUUUCAAAUAACUCGAUCAACAACAACAACAACAACAACAACAAUAAUAAUAAUAAUAAUAAUAAUAAUAAUAAUAAUAAUAAUAAUAAUAAUAAUAAUAGCAAUGCCAAUAACAACAAUCCUAAUAACUCAAAUUAUUACCUAAACAACUUACUAACCUCAAACAUCUUAUCUCCAGAAGAUCCAAACUUUAUCGACGAAAUAUUGUUCAUAAUGUCAAAUCUCACUUAUGACCAAUUGAGAAAAAUCCAGUUGGCUAAAUUCAGAAACUUACACUACCUACAAUGGUCUUCUGAACUAAAACCCUUUCACAAUAACUUAGCCAGACAAGUUUACGAUUUCGUCAAGGAACAAAGAGUCUUGCAAUUGACUAGAGGCUCCUGGGUCUACUCUGAAAAUCCUUUAAAACUAAACUCUACUAAUAAAAGGCCCAAAGUCUAUUUCCUAGUUCUAUCUCCAAAUAGAAAUAACCUUAUCUAUAAAGAAUUCAAAGAAAGAACCAGCAGCAUACCCUAUAUUGAUAAAGACGGUAUUAAAAUUGACAAGACAAGAAUUGGAGGCUUCGAUGUCUCAAACCUAGAAAAUAAUAAAACAAAUAUCUCAUCAAGAUCAAGAUUAAUCAAUAUCGUUAGUAGAUCAAUUUUCAGAAAAGUUGUCAUCCGCUCAAAGACAAGUAAGCCUUUGUUGACAUUUUACACUGAUACAAAGGAGCUUUUAUUUAUUUGGCUAGAUGGUUUGAAAUUAUUGAUUAAUGAUUUAAAAGUCUCAAACCCAACCCAAGAACAAAUCGACUUAUUAGUCGAUUUAAGAAAAAAUAUUCAAAUUCUAAAUUUAACUAAUAGAGAUUUCAAUACUUUGAUUAAAAAUGAUAAAGAAAUGUUAAAUAAUAAUUUCGAUUUUAAACUUGAUAUCAAUAAAAUUAAAAACGCUUCUCCAGAAGUUGAUAAAGAUGAUGAAACUGAAUUUGAUCAAGAAUUAAUUCACGAUGUUGACGAUAUCACUAAACAACUAGAUGAAAACGAUACUGUUGCAGGUUUAUAUGACUAUGAUUCUUUAAAAGAAAUAGCAACCAAUUUCUAUUAUACUUGAGUUUUAUUUCUACACAACUUUCUUUUUUCUUAUCAAUUUUGAAAUAUUAUUUAAUUCGGUAAUGUGAUUUUUACACAAUUUUGUUAUUAGUUUUGUUAUUAAUUUGUUUCGGUUG